AGUGCUCCGAUGUUUUUGCAGCUCUAAUACGUUCUGCGUUCUUGACUGAUUUCAGCUUUUCUGCGAAACAUCUGAUUAAUUUUUCACGCCUGAAAGUUUUCCAAGUUGUCGGCGUGGGUGUAAGGAGCUCAUGUAUGGGUUCAGUAAUUUCUGCUUUACUUAAGAAACCGAUAGUAAACGUCAAUAUGAGUAAUUCUCAGGCAGAUAUGGUGCGCGAAGUAAUUGCAAAUAAUAAGGUAGUCAUUUUUUCUAAAAGCUACUGCCCUUUCUGCACCAUGGCCAAGGAGCAAUUUCGCAAACUUGCUGUUCCUGCAUAUGUUGUUGAACUUGAUAGUCGCACUGAUGCUGAAGAAAUCCAAAACAUCCUCGGUGAGAUAACAGGCGGUAGAACGGUGCCGAGAUGUUUCAUAAACGGAAAAUUCAUUGGAGGCGGCACAGAUGUUAAAAAAAUGUACGAGCAAGGAACUCUUCAAAAAUACUUCAGUUAAAUUGUGACUAUAAAUAGUUUCUAAAUUUUAGUUAGCUGAUGUUUUUUGAUAUUAAGUAAGACAAUGUACAUACAUACUUAUGUAUAAAAAAUGCAAUUUUUGUAUAAACUGUCAUUAAAACUUAGUUGUGGGUUUAAA